AUGGCUUUUGUUAUUCCAGAGGCUGGUGAUCCUUUGGGUAAUUCUUUAACAGCUCAUGCCACUAACAUACCAAGUUGCAUUACAUAUCCAACAGUGGAAGAAGGGUCUACAUUCGAAAUCAAGCAUCACAUGUUGAGUAUUCUACCUACAUUUCAUAGGUUAUCAACCGAUGAUCCUAAUAUGCACAUUGCAGAAUUUUUAAUGGGAUGCAAGAAUAUUUUGGUGAAAGGAUUCUCAGCUGAAUCUAUUAAGCUUCGUCUAUUUCCUUACACAUUGAAAGAUCAAGCAAGGAGAUGGCUCCUCACACUUCCAUCUGGAAGCAUUAGCACUUGGAACCAACACAGUGAAAAAUUCUUAAACAAGUAUUAUCCAGCUUCAAAGACUCUCGACAUGAGAACUCAAAUUUUAUCUUUUGCCCAAAAACCAAAUGAAGAGUUUCAUGAGGCGUGGGAACGGUUUAAAGAGUUGAAUAGAAAAUGUCCACAUUCUGGUAUUAGCAGUACGGAUCAAGUGCAUAUAUUUUUCAGAGGGUUAAAUAUGACAACAAAAACUCUUGUCAACGCUUCAUGCGGAGGAUCAUACAAGGAUAAAAAUGCACAAGAGGCUUGUUUAUUAUUUGAAAAAAUGGCAGCAGAUACACAGCAAUGGGCAGUUGAGCAGCCACAAUCAAGGUCUGUUUUUGAGAUAUCUAAUGGUUCUCCAUAUAUGUCGGCACAAAUUGAAAAAAUGGAGAAAAAGCUUGAAAGAUUUGAUGCAAAAUUUGACAUGUUAUUACAAAGAAUUCCAGGUUCACAGGUUGCUGUACAGCAACCUUUACCAGCUGCCUGUAGCAUUUGCAAUGUGACAACCCAUGAUUUUUUGAGCUGUCCGCAUAAAGAUGCUUAUCCGGAAUUUGCAGCGGAACAAGUUAAUGCAUUUAAUAAUUUUCAGCGUCCACGAUAUGACCCGUAUUCAAAUGUUUACAACCCGGGUUGGAGAGAUCAUCCUAAUUUUAAGUGGGACAGAGAUCAACCUGCAAGGCCACAAUUUCAACAACAGGUACAGCAAACUGCUGCGCCUAAGGCUGCUUGGGAGGUUGCAAUUGAAAAAUUAGCAAAUGCCACCAGUCAAGAAUUCCAAAAUCUGCAGGCAACAGUGAAAAACAUAGAAAAACAAAUGGGGCAGAUUGCAUUCCAAGUUUCAGAAAGAGCACCAGGUACAUUUCCUAGCCAAACGGAACAUAAUCCAAGGGGAGGCGCAGAUUGUAAGGCAGUUCGAGUUCUACGUUCGGGUAAAAGUUAUGACAAUAGAGGUGAAAUUUGUGUUGGAAAUUCGCAAGCAGCAUCACAGCCCCAAACAGAUUCAGGAAAUUUUGCAGAAUAUGAUAUUGUUACAGAUUCUGCAGAGUCUAUGGGCAGAUCUGAAAACAGUGCAAAAAUUGCUGCAGAAACUGCAGAACGUGUUUAUGUGCCUCCAAUGCCUUAUCCCGAAAGGUUGAAGCCCAAAGUUAAAGAUCAACAGUUGACAGAUUUUAUGAAGACGUUGGCCAAAGUUCAGAUCAAUCUACCAUUGAUUGAUGCAAUUAAGAACAUUCCAUCUUAUGCCAAGUUUUUAAAGGAUGUUUGCACAAAGAAAAAGAAGUUCGUGGAUUUUGAAAAAGUUAUACUUACAGAACAGUGCAGCGCAGUUUUAUUACACAAACUGCCUCCAAAGAAACAAGACCCAGGGAGUUUUACAAUUUCAUGCACAAUUGGAAAUUCUAAUUUUAAACGUGCUUUAAUUGAUUUGGGUGCCAAUAUUAAUUUAAUGCCUUUUUCUGUUUUUCAGAGACUAGGACAAGGAGAAAUCAAGCCUACAUCAGUUAUUCUACAACUGGCGGACCGUUCAGUUGCUUACCCUAGGGGAAUUAUUGAAGACCUUGUUAUUAAAGUGGAUAAUCUCUACCUUCCUGCAGAUUUUGUGGUUUUGGAUAUGGAUGAAGACAUGCAAACACCGAUUAUUUUGGGGAGACCGUUUAUGGCAACAGCUAGGACUUUAAUUGAUGUGGAAGCUGGAACAUUAACUUUACGAGUUCAAGACCAAUCUGUGGUUUUUAAUUUGUUUGAAGGAGCAAAACGUCCUGCUGAACAGCAGGAAUGUAUGCACAUUGAUGUGGUAGACAAUAUGGUUCAAGCCAGCUUUCAGGCAAGUUCAAAUACAGAUAAGUUGCUCAGCAAGGGAAAAACGAAAAAGCGGAAAUUGCAGUUAAAUGAGCUAGAGGAAAUUCAUCAAGGUGCUUAUGAUAGUUCUUGCAUCUACAAGGAAAGAACUAAGGCAUUUCAUGACAGUAAAAUUUUGCGGAAGGAAUUUCGGCCAGGGAAAAAGGUUAUGUUAUUCAGUUCAAGGUUGAGGUUGUUUCUAGGGAAGUUAAAGUCUCGUUGGAUUGGCCCUUACCUGGUGACUCAAGUUUUUCCUCAUGGAGCAGUUCAAAUCACUAAUGAAGCUAAAGGCAACACAUUCAAGGUCAACGGUCACAGGCUGAAACCCUACGUGGAGACACCCUUUGACACUGCAACUGAGUCUUUGACUCUGAAGGAACCAGUGAUUUAA